CCAGAAUCCUGGGAGCAUUCCCCGGCUACGCCCAGUCACCGUGAUAACUUUCUAUCCACUUAUCAUACACUGCUGCUGAACGAUGUCCAUGUUUCGCUCCAGCUCAUCCCAUCCUCCCGUGGGACAGGGGAGAGAAAUGGCUGCAGAGGAGCCAGUUCAGGGGCCGGUGACCUUCGAGGAGGUGGCUGUGUAUUUCACCAGGGAAGAGUGGGCUCUGCUGGACCCCACUCAGAGAACUCUCUACAGAGACGUCAUGCAGGAGAACUAUGAGAAUGUGACCUUGCUGGGGUUUCCAGUUUCCAAAUCAGAUGUGAUCUCCCAGCUGGAACAAGGGGAAGAGUCAUGGGUCCCAGACCGCCAGGGUUCAGAGGAAAGAGGGAUCCUGAGAGAUCCCUGCACAAGUGAGGAAACAUUAAACCAACUCAGAAUCUCAGGUGAUGCAAUGGUAUGUGAGAAAGAGGAGCAGAAUUCUCAGCACAAAAACGUACAGCAGGUGGAGAAACAAAGAGAAUUAUCACAAAGAUCGAAACGGAAUGUGUCCAGCAGUCAUGAGCAGGGGAAAUCCUGUGAGAUUCAUCAGGGAAACCAGCCAGGGGAGAAAGUGGGUAAAUUUAUUUCCUGUCGGGGAAUUCAGAAGGGCCUCAAGGAAACCACAACACAGCAGGAAUUCCUCAGAGGAAAGAGGAAAAAUACAUGCACUGAGUGUGGGAAAAACUUCACUCAAAGAUCAGCCCUUUCUCAACAUCAGAGAAUCCACACAGGGGAGAGGCCCUAUGAAUGCCACGAGUGUGGGAAAACCUUCAAUCGCAGCUCGCACUUUAUUAGGCAUCAGAGAAUCCACACAGGGGAGAGGCCCUACAAAUGCAGUGAGUGUAGGAAAUGCUUCACUCACAGCUCAGCCCUUUCUCAACAUCAGAGAAUCCACACAGGGGAGAGGCCCUAUGAAUGCAGUGAGUGCGGGAAAACCUUCGCUCAAAGAUCAGGCAUUUUUCAACAUCAGAGAAUCCACACAGGGGAGAGGCCCUACAAAUGCAGUGAGUGUAGGAAAUGCUUCACUCACAGAUCAGACCUUACUAAACAUCAGAGAAUCCACACAGGGGAGAGGCCCUAUGAAUGCAGUGAGUGUGGGAAAAACUUCACUUACAGAUCAGGCCUUUUUAACCAUCAGAGAAUCCACACAGGGGAGAGGCCUUAUGGAUGCAGUGAGUGUGGAAAAAGCUUCACUAACAGCUCAGCCCUUUCUGAACAUAAGAGAAUCCACACAGGGGAGAGGCCCUAUGAAUGCAGUGAGUGUGGGAAAACCUUCAAUCGCCGCUCAAACGUUAUUAGGCAUCAGAGAAUCCACAAAGGGGAGAGGCCCUACGAAUGCAGUGACUGCAGGAAAACCUUCACUCAAAGAUCGCGCUUUUUUCACCAUCAGAAAAACCACACAGGUGAGAGAACCUAUGAAAGCAGUGAGUGUGGGAAUACCUUCUCUUAG